AUCGGCAUAUAGCUAUAAAUAAGGAAGUCAAUGUGGACUAACGGUUAGUGCUUUGGACUGGUAUUGGCACCCUGUUCAGGGACAACGUGUCACCAUUCUUAUUCGUUUGUGUUACAGAAAAUCGGAGUUAAGCACCAGCCUUAUGUGCCCUAUGAAGGCGCGAUAAGAUUCAUUUACUUACGUACUAUAAAUAAGGUUAAGGCUUUUUUGCUAAAACCCUUUUUAAUCUUGAUAAAUUAAUAGCUAAUCCCAACGUACUUCCUUUCAGAAAUGCAUUCAAAGGAAAUGGACCAAUCAUUUAUUAGUAAGCUUUUUUGGUGAUCGCUCUAUCAAGCAGCUUUUGGAGGAAUAUCCGGCCUGACGUAACAUCUGUUGUAUUUCUUUGAUAUUAGGUUAUUGUAUAAACAGCAGUUGAAGUCCGAAGGUCGAUCAUUAAAACUCUCCGAUUCCACAUGUACACUCUUAUCUAAACGAAAGGGAACAAUAAACUAGUGAAGCCGGAUGGAAGACAUAAACUGGUCAAUCAAGUUUUUAAUAUUUUCUGCCAUCGUAUUGAUAUGUGAGGUAUCAGAACUACACCGGGUUCAAGUGGACUACAAAUAUCACCGCUACGAUGACAUGACUACUUUAUUAAUGAAAAUGACCAAAACAUUUCCAAAGAUGGCCAAGCUUUAUUCUAUUGGACGUUCGGUCGAAGGACGAGAAUUAUGGGUUAUACUUUUGUCGUCGACUCCUAAUGAGAGACCUCUGUUGAAGCCCAAUGUCAAGUAUAUUGCCAAUAUGCACGCGGAUGAGUCAGUUGGAAGAGAACUCUUGAUACAUCUAGCUGGUUAUCUUCUCAACAACUAUGAUAGUGAUUACUACGCCCGUUGGUUGUUGGAUAACACCCAGAUUCACAUCAUGCCAUCUAUGAAUCCCGAUGGAUUUGAAAUGGCCAUAGAAGGAAAAUGUUCCCGUGGGCCAGGCAGGUACAACAGAAACGGCUAUGAUUUAAAUCGGAACUUUCCAGAUUAUUUUGAAGAAAACAAAGAAAAGGAGCAACCUGAAACAUUAGCUGUUAAGAAAUGGUUGAGUGGAACUCCUUUUGUUUUAUCAGCUAAUCUUCAUGGAGGAGCUCUUGUAGCUAUAUAUCCUUACGACAAUCUCCCUUCUUCACAGAAAUACAAGAAUAAACAUAUAAGGCAUAUUAAGUCUCCGACUCCAGAAGACGACGUAUUUCAUCAUCUUGCGUUACUGUAUUCCUCUCAUCACCCCAUUAUUCACCAGGGAAAGCAAUGUCGGAUGGGAAUCCCAGACUUCGAAAAUGGAAUUACCAAUGGUGCCGAAUGGUACGCUGUGAAAGGUGCAGUUAAACUUUACAUAGUUAAAGCUUAUUAUGUUUUAACAGCUCCCUUGAAUCUUACGAUGCAUUAAUUUAGCUCCCCCUGGUAACUCAAAACCGUAGACCUGAAAUUUAUGUCUUAAAACUCACACCUAGGAGUUGAUGAGUG